AUGCCAAUUUUUUCGAACUUGUCUCAUCGAUUUCACAUGUUAACAACCGAUGCAAAACCUGAUCCACCGCGAAUACCAAUCGAGGGAUAUACGCACAAUUUAGAAUCGAAUACAGUGAACGAUGAUGGACCAAAAUCAAGGAAGUUUGAAUCUGUUUCUAUCACUUCAGGAGGACAAUUAGAACAAAAUGUAACAUCGUCUGAAAAAAAUGACGCAGUACCAAUUACAACUGCUAAGUCUUCUACCAAAGAAGAAGAUCUAAGUGAUACGAAAACUUUUUCACAGAAUGCAAAUGAACCACAAGGAACGCGUAUAGUGAAUUAUAAUAUAAUUAAUUCAAACGGUGUAAAAAUUGGUUCGAGGACUAGUUAUAUUUGUAAUAUUAAUCAUCUUACUAAGGAUAAUGUUGAAGCAACAGAAGAACUAUGGUCAAAAAAAAUUCGACAAAUGCCAGCAGAAGUAGAACGCUUGUGUGUUUGCACUGACGAAAUUACCUUAGAUGAUAUAUUUACGAUUAAAACUUAUAUUGGACAUGGUUGGAAAGACGUCGCUAGGAAACUGUUCUAUUCAGAGGGUCAGAUUGAACAAUUUGAAGAAAAUUAUAAAUUCAGAGGCAUAAGUGAAGUAAUUUAUCAGCUAUUUCUUGACUGGAAACGAGCUAACACAAAAAAUGCAGACAUUGGUAAUUUGAUAAACAUCUUAUGGAUUUGUAAAGAAUAUGAUUGCGCAAUACGAUUAGCUUCUGCUCGCAGUAAGUCGCUAUAAUGUUUCUAUAAUCUUUAUGAUAAUAAAUCUUUGAGCAAUUUAUCUUUUAAUCGAAUAUAUCCAAAUUUAUUGUUAUAUUUUUAUAUUUUUUAAUUAAAAACAAAAAUGUACUUAUAUCCAAGUUGUUUUAUAAUAAUAAUCAGUGUAAAAACUUAACUUCCAGUUUCCAUAAUAUAUAUUCUAUAUAUUAUGUUUUGUAAUAUAUAUUCUAUAAACCUGUUAUUUUAAUAAAUAAAUUGUAACAAAUGAUGUGAUCUUUACACUCAUAUGUAUUAAUUGUGUUUCAAUGUUUAAUAUUUAACUAAUUCUUUCUUGUUGAAUAACAAUUAAUACCGACAUCAAUCUAAAAUACCAUAAGUGACAAAGGUACUUAAGAACAAAGUUGCGGUAGCGACAUGACAGAUUUAAACAGAUAUACAUAUUUCAAAUAUAGAUAUUUCUUAGGAUUAUCAGUGCCCAUAAUAGUGUGGCAUUGAUGAUUAUAUCGAUAUUUGCUUCGUAUUUUGCAUAAAAAAUUGGUACAAAAUUGAUAUAUAAAACAUACAGUUUUACAUAAAACCUCUUACUAUAUAAUGUGCAUCUUCUUUUUAAAUGCAAUUACUUAAAAUUUACAUAUAAUUAUAUUAUAAAACAUAAUUACCAUUAAGUAUGAAUAUUAAGUCUCUCUUUUGUCUUUAUCUAUUUGUCUAAAUAUAAAUAUAUUCUUAGAUAAAGAUUCAUUACAUUGUACUUUUUGAAGAAAUCUAAAAUUAAAUUAACAUGUACCUGAUAUAAUAUACACUGAUGUAAGAAACUUAAAAAAAGUAAUAAUUGAAAAAUAUACAAGAAAUAUUUACAAGAUUAUUUUUUCCCCGCUUUAAUUUUUUUCUUCUUCUUUUCUAUUGAAAAUUAAAUUUUUACAGUUUUCAAAUUGUAUGACCAUUUCUUCUAAACUUUUGUUUCCAUCUAUUACUAAAACUGGUGCUGGUAAAUUAAAUAAUGUUUGAUCAUGAAGCCACUCAUCAUGAAUAUUAUGAAGUUGGUGUAAAUAUUCUAAUGAUACAGAAUUUUCUUCUUUCCUUGCUCUUGUUUUCAUUCUAUUAUAUACAACAUCUGGCGAUGUUCUCAAAUAAACUAUAUGUAAUGUAAAUAUAAUUGAUUACUGUCAAAUAAAAAUAUGUAAUUUAUAUUGCAUGUUUAUGAUAAGAUACCUAUUAAAUCUGUUACUAUAUUGGCAUUCUGUAUACACCAAUCAUACCAAUCUUCUAGAACCACUAGUUCUACAUCCUUCAAUAAUUUUGUGCGCUUCAUGUUUUCUAUGAAGCAUCUUGCACUAAAUACUGAUCUUUCCAUAAUUUUAUAAGGCAUUCCAGAUUUGUACGUAUGAAGUUGCAGCAUUGUUAAUUGUACAUAUGAUUGAAACAAAAAGCUAUAGCGUUUAGGGUCUGUGUACAUUAAUUCCUAAACAUUUUCAACAAGUAUUUAUAAUGUUAUAUAAUUUUCAGAUAACUAUCUAAAAAUAACAAUAAAUCAAAGAUUCUUACCAAUAAAUUUGUUCCAGCAACAUUACGCCAAAGUUCUACUGGUUCUUGUAAAACAGUUGUAUUAUCAAAUUGUUUAAAAUGAUUUAAGAAUGUUGUUUUACCACUUCCUAUAUUACCUUCUAUACAUACUGUAAAUGGUCUUUUAUAGAGUUUGGCAGGGCUGGUCAUUUUUGUUAACACAACCAAAGUUUUGACUUAAAAUACAAAUACAAAAAUAUAUUAAUUUUUCUAUUAUAUUGUUUCUUAUAUAGAAAUUUUUUUAUAUAAAAUAUUUUUUUCUCUAUAUAAAAUACAAAACUUUACACACUGAUUGAUUUUCAUAUACAUAUUAAUUAUUAAAAAAUAUCAUACAAAUGUAUACAGCACUUAAUAGAUUUCCCGCGUGAAUUCCCGCUAAAAUCUUUCAGAGAGGGGAUAGAACUCUCGAGAAAUAGUAGCGUCGUAACUUGAUUCGUUACAUUACCUUUAUAUCUUUUAUUUUAUCCAAUUGAAACUUACCUAGCGAAAUCAUGACUAUGUAAUUUUUAUUACCACUCAAAAUUACUUAUUAUUACAAAUAAAGUUACAUCAUAAGAGAUUAAAUAUUAUAUUUUAUUUUUCUUCUCCAGAUAAUUUUUUUGCAUUUGUGUGCAAGUUAACCUAACUUAAACUAAACCAUUAUACAGUUAUAUCAUAGAUUGACAUAUCAACGACUAAAAUUGUGCUAUUACAUACAGUAUAAUUGGACAAAUGUCACAUUACAUAAGUUAAAAUAUUAUUUUACCAUAUUUCUAAUAUCAAAUACAGAUGUAUUAUUUUUAUUACAAAAAACAAUGUAUCUGAAACAGUAGAUAUUUUUUAUUUACUCAUUAUUUAUUAUCAAUUAAGAGAAAUAAAUACCUUAUCAUUGAUAAAAAAUAAAAUAAGAUAUAUAUAAUUACAUGUUAAAAUACAUUAAAUUUUCAAAUCUUUUAGACAAAAAAAAGAAACAAUCAAUAA